CGACGUAGUAGCUUCCGUUCCCCGAUGUCCGAGUCGUUUUUCUACGCAUAAGCCGCCAUUUUGUUAAAUCGUGUACAAAUGUCAUUUCGGUUCCCAAGCGUGGCGGUAAUCCGUGUUUUCCCGCCGCCCCCUCAGCUCGCAGGGAGCAGUGGGGAAAACAAACAGGUCGAACGGAGGGAGAUUGGUAGCCGGUUGGAUGUGGAGGUUGUUUAGCGGCGAAUGAAUCGUCUUCAUGUUGUGGGCUCUUGCAGGGUGCUAAUUUGUAGUUCCCCUUCAGUUUUCGGUGCUUUUGAGUGUGGUGCAUUUGGGACGCUGUUUGGAGUUGUCGCCUUCCGAGUAUGUUGCCGCUUUCUAACAUUUUAUCAGGGCUGUUGGAGCGCGUAGUCUACCCGCUGCGGUUUUGUAUUUUUCUCGACGUUGUUUACUGGUUAUAAUUCGACGUUUAAUGUUUUAAAUCCACCGGUUCGCCGAGUCUGCAUUCAGUGAGACACUUUUAGACAUGCAUACGAGGCGUUUGGUAAAGCGGUCCAUCCUCGGCAGCCGCGUUUAUGCGCCGAGUCCGACGGGGGACGGUGCCCCGGUGACAGGAGUGGUCCAGGCUGUCAAGCAGGAAAACAGAGACGUCUCGGCCGCAGGAGCUCGGCGCAGCGUCUACACCGUCCUCCUGCAAGACGGGAGCCUCAAGGAGUUCUCCGAGGAGGAGAUAGCCGCGGGGUUCAACCAGACUGCGGCCAAAGUACCGCUCAAGUCCAGCUUGAAGCAGAGCUCCAGUAACGGAUCUUCAGAAAGCCAGAAGGUAGAAGGCGGCUCCCUCAGCCCAGAAGCGGUGGAGGAGCAGCGGGCGGUGGACGGCAAGCGGGUUGGCCGGGACCCUGACACCCGAUCAGUGUCCCUGCUAGAGCAGAAACGCAAAGUGGUCUCCUCCAGCAUCGAUGUCCCUCAUGCCAGACAUGGACAAGGUGACGGCUGCCAUGGUGCUGACGAGUCUCUCCACCAGCCCGCUGGUCAGGAGUCCACCUGUAAAAGUCAACGAAGGUCUGAGCGGUUCCUGGAAGGACAACGGCUUAACUGGCCCCUUCACCCCAUCCAGCAACAGCUCUUCAGGGGGUUACUGGAGCUGGUCUGCCCCCAGUGACCAGUCCAACCCUUCUACACCUUCUCCACCGCUCUCCGCCGACAGCUUCAAGCCCUUCCGUGUGCCCAGUCUGGGCGGCGUGGGACCCGGGCCUGCAGGGCCUGAGGACCCGAGCUUAGACGAGCAGGACGGCAGCAGCCUGCUCUUCGAUGAGCCCAUCCCUCGCAAGCGCAAGAACUCCAUGAAGGUGAUGUUCAAGUGCCUGUGGAAGAACUGUGGCAAGGUGCUGAGUACCGCUGCCGGCAUCCAGAGACACAUCCGCACCAUCCACCUGGGGCGUAACUGUGACUCGGACUGCAGUGAUGGUGAGGAGGACUUCUAUUACACGGAGAUCAAGCUCAACACGGACUCAGUUGCCGAUGGGCUGAGCAGCCUGUCCCCAGUGUCCCCGUCCAUCCUUUCUCCCCCUCCUCCUCCCCCCUCUCCUCUCUCUUCUCUCAGCCAGCUGCCGGACUCCCACGGACCUCCGCAGUCCUCUGACACCAAGGAGCCUCAUGCUGGCGGCACCACUCCGCUCAGCCGCUCUGCGCCCAGCGCACUCUACCUCGUCCACACGGACCACGCCUACCAGGCUACAGCUCCAGUGUCCAUCCCGUCUAGCAGCAGUAACUCUGCCACCUUGGCCUCCACAAGCUUCACUCCCACCAACAGCUCCAGCUUUAGCAUCUCCUGGCAGUCACCGCCCGUCACUUUCACUGGGAACACGGUGUCUCCCAGCAAAAGCCAGGGCUUCGGUGAACAGCGCUCACAAACCAUCGCUGUCCUCUCGUCCCCUCCCAGAGCCACCACUGCCCUCAGUCGGAAAGUGCGUGGUGAAGGGAAGAAGUGCCGUAAGGUGUACGGGAUGGAGAACCGCGACAUGUGGUGCACGGCCUGCCGCUGGAAAAAGGCCUGCCAGAGAUUUACCGACUGAGCGUUCUCCGCCGACGUCACGGCGCUCCACGCCAACAGGCACUGCUGCCUUUAGCCAGAGAAAGGGGAGAGGGGCAUCAUUUUGCAUGCAUUUGGUUUUCUUCAGCUCAAAAUUGCAACUGUCCGUUCAAGCUCCGCCUCUGUUGUUGCCCCGCCCCCCUGAGCUCCACUGAACCACUCUAGCUGUUGAAGGAACCAAAGGACAGCGGAGUAACCUUUUAGAUUGCCGUCCAGGAUUCCCAGUACUGCCUCUCCAUUCCCAUCAUUCCCAGUUUUGGGAAACACCAGUGCAGCUAAACAGCGUAAAGAAAAAGAUCUAAAGAUUCCUCCUGUUUUUUAUGUUGGGUUCAGUGUUGCAUCUUUAUAUGUUUUGUAAAGCUCUGGUUUUUAAACGGAAAGUCAAGUCAAAGAAGGGGUCCAGAAAAAAAGCCUAAAGCUUUUUUUGAGAGUUUUUGUUAAAAGAAAAAAAACUUUUUUAUCCAAAAGAAGAAUGGGCCUCUUUGCUACAGUUUUCGAAGAACAUUAUGAAAAAGCAUGGAGGUAAAGCUUGCAGUUUUUGUUCUUCCUUCAACUUGUUCAUCUCGUUUUAUUUCUGGACUUUUUUGAGGUGAUCUGCUAUCACCAACAUCACAGCCUCUCCCAGUUCCUCACCUGCUCUUCACUCCUGACAGCCCCAUGGGAAUAUAUGGCAGAGCCGGGAGGAGCAGGUUGAUAUAUACAAAGAACGGGAGGAAUAGAGACACACAAGGUGAAUGAUCAAUGCAAAAAAGAAUUUACAGUCAGGGAAAGCAGAUUGGCCGUCUCAUUACACAUAAAAACCGCAGCAGCAUUUACACACACACACAAACAAACACACAAUCAAAGCAGACAGCAAGUGUUUUCCAUGUCACUUUUUUAUCCAGUUGAUUCAUUUUCUUUGUUUUAUCAGGGAUGUGAUUCUAAAGAAAGCAAAAACCAGCAGCUAAACCAUGGGGUUAUACUGUAUACAGCACUAUCUCAAUAGCUUCUCUCUUUCAUUAUACAUGACAACUUUACAACCAAAAACUCUUUUUAUGUUUUUCUUUAUGUUUUUGGUUUUUGUUAAGGUGCCAUGUUUACUGUUGUUGAUGUAUUUUUUUUGUUUGUUUGUUUGUUUUUGCGAAACCAAGACUGUUUAAUGGAAGUGUAAUGCAUUCACUUGAGGGGGAAAUUUUUUUUUUCUGAUUUAAUGAGAUUAUGUCAGAAUUCUGAGAAAUUUUUUCGUGGAGAAACAAAUGAUGCUGAUUAGCAGCAGCAACCAUACUCCAUACAGGUGAGAGCUUCUUGUAGGAUUUUGAGGUAACUAGUUAAUUCAGAAAAAAAGAGCAGAGUUUAUUUUUUCAUGCAAACGUUUCUUGGAAGAUGAGAUAAUAAUCUCGUUAAUUCAGGAAAAACAGGGCAAACUUUUUUUUUUCUCAAGUGAACACGUUAAGCUUCCGUACUGUUUACCUUCCACCUGCUAAAGAAAGUGUGUUUAAAAGACCUUCCUUACAGCACUGGAAGCAUGAAGUCAGCAGCGUGCAAGGCCAUAAAAAGAUAAACAUCUUUCACCACAUACAGAGAGACAAAUUGCCCUCCUUCUCAACAAGCUUUUACAUCUUCCCAAAGAGAACAAAAUAUAUUUGUGUUUAAUUACGCCACCCGCAUCUUGGUGAUAUGUUAACCAAAGGGGGAGGGCUUAAAACCAAAAGUGAGGCACUUGCACUGCAUGUGUGUAUUAAAGCACUUGGUACAUUUGUGGUUACGUCUAGAAAGUUGAAAAUGUUUUUAUGUUCCACUAGACCUUUUAAUUUCCAAAUGUUAUAAAAAAAAAAUCUUAAUAGUUGACCAGGUGUGGACACUUCCCCCUUUUUUGAACCAUUAUUUGCUCUAAGAGUUUUGGAGAAGGGUAUAAGGUAUAAGCACUUGAUUAGAUCACUACUUUGUUGUUUAAUCCGCACUGGACUCUUCAGUCACUUGGCAAUAUGUAAGCAAAGCUUUGGCUCAAGCUUUCGUAAGAGGGAUCGGCAAGUAACCUUGUAACUGACAAGGUAUGGAGAGUGUGAUUGGUAAAAAUAAUGCGGUUAUCUGAUUUGUCAUUUGAAUGUGUUCAUUUGAAUUCCAGCCUCCUUGUUGGUCUCAAAGGCAGGAAACAAAAUCACAUAGCCAAAUAGUUUACAGAUGUUCACUUUGUAGUGGUAAACUAACCAACUCUUUUGUCACCUGGGGCUGCGUCCUACUUUAUUACAAUGUACUGAAAUUUAUAGAAACGUCCAGAGUUUAAGUUGAGACAAAUGUUUCUGCCAACAGGCACAUUGUGAUUCUGCAUUUACUCUGCAUUCUAGGAAAUUUGUUUAAAUGCACGCUGAAAUUUUUAUUGUCGUUUUGGUCACACGCACGGGAUCAUUUAACACCAGAAUUAUUCAAAACCAACACCAGCUAAUAAACUCACAAGCUCGCUCAUUUAACAGUACUUGCGCACCUGAAAAUCGUAGCUAUGUUUUGUUUGCUAAACUGUUUCUAUUAUGUCUAUUAUUUUUCUUUGUCUGUUCAUGUAUAUAUGUGUAGUUCUUGUAUUUUCUCAAAGCUCCAUGUUUAUGGCCAGUUGCCUUGGUCAUUACAUCCGCCACCUUAUGAACAAGACAGGUUCAAGUAUAGCAUUUCAUAAUGUACCGUUCAACCUGUCGGGCUACUGUUGUUUUGAAUAUAGAGAUAGCCUUAAAGUCACUCUUUUGAAAAAAUCAUUGUGCUUCUUCUAUGUCAUUACAUUGAUGUUUCAGUAAGAAAUAUUUAGAUUAUCUCAAAACUGAUUCGCCAUUGUAUUAUGUGAACGUAUUAUUGUUUAAGAAAAGACAAAUCUAUAUAUACGUAAAGAAAAAACUUGUUGGAAUUUAGAUUCAAAGCAAACCAGAUAUUGAUUUGGCUGGGUUUUUUUUCUUUUUUCAUAUAUAUGAAUAUAAAUACUGUGUAUGAAUUUUGUUUUCAUGUUCUGCUGAAGGAAAUGUUUGUUGCUAUUGUAACUGUAGGAGGGAGCCCAGGAAUAAUUCUUACCACAAGCCAAGCUUGUUAUGCUCUUUUCAGUGAGGUGUGACCCACACGCUCCCGCCUGGAGCUCCUUCACGCCACGCUCCCUGCUGCUAAGCGCGUCGAAAACCACAGUUGAUUAAAAUCUUUAUCUUAUUUCCAAUUCUCCUGGUGUGACGUAGCCCCACUAGCAAUUAGUUUGAUUGACAUCUUGGUGCGUUUGCGCUCAUGUGAGCGGUCACAUGGUCCCGUGUGUGAAUGUGAAGGAGCCCCAGGCAAAGUAUGCGGGUUGCCGCUGAAGCGCGGUGCUCUGCGAUGUCCCCCCCUAUCCCUGAAGCAUCACUCUCACUCCUCCCAAGUUACACAGCUUUUAUCUAAUGUCCUGUGGCGUAUCCCUGUCAGAGUGUGUGCAGGUCGAGUCCACUGCCAGGCUCCUGACAAACACACUUUGGCAAUUUUCCAUCGUUGCGGUGCUUCAUGUGUGUGUUCGGACCGUCUCCUCUAUUGAUAUGGAAAAAUCUAGCAACCAAUCAGAUUCUGUCCACGAACAAGUCCCUACAGUAGUUCAGACAAUUCAGAGGUCUUGGCAAGACUGGAUAUUUAAAUGGCAGCAUCUGCAGGCAGCUAAUUUUAAAAGAAGCUCUCUCUUGAUGCUGAUUCUAGGUCAGUGUUGCGUCGAUCAAAUGGCUAGUAAUGUAAUUUGGCCAAAAUAAGCUAAUCUCACACCCUUGUUUAGGGUGAAUCCAAAUGACCUCAGAAGGAUUUUUGCUGCCAUAUUUCUCAAACCUGUCCAUCUCCUCGUAGAUCAGUGAGGAACUCUGGGGAUUUGUUUGUGGACUGUGGCCUGGCCGGCAUCGUUGUACUGAGAACCAUUCACUGCCAGCAGCACAUAGACGGCCUUAGCAUGAAGGGGCUUUCACAGACACUCAGCCCAGGUCCGUCUUCGCAUACUAUACAUACUGGUGCUGUGGUCUCGGCAGGGCAGAAAUGGAGGUGCUAUAUUCCCAUGCAGUGCUGUUUCUCCCAUGUGAUCAUAUUAACUCCAUUUUGUACACAAUGUUAUGCUGUAGAACAUGAAAAUAAAAACACCCUGCCUCAAGUCUAA